CUCUGUGUCAGGUUCUGUACUACAGGGGGAGCAGCCUGUGGUGCCUUGUUAUAGUGCAGCUGGAGCAGCUUGUGGUGCAGCAUUAUGGGCUGUGUAGCAGGGGUGAGGAUAGGGCAGCACACCCCUCUGUGAGUAUAUAUAUACAAUCCAGCUGUGAGGAGUGAGAGGUGUUAUUACAAGGAACACUCAGAAUGGAAAAUGACAAGAAUGACCAGACUGAUAGGAUAAUAAAUCUCACACUGGAAAUCAUCUACCUGCUGACUGGGGAGGGUUACACAGUAGUGAAGAAGACAUCCAUUGAGUGUGAAACACCCAUCAGCCAUCUCUGUGUGUCAGGAGGACUUAGCAGGACCCAAAGCCUCGUCACGGUGCCUCCACCUCACUCACUGAUACAUGAGAGACACAAUGACCUGAAGAUCCUGGAUCUCACCAACAAGAUCAUUCAGCUGCUGACUGGAGAGGGGACUGGAGGGAAUGGCACAUUGUACAGUGAUCAGCAGUGUAAGGAGGAGGAAAUCCCUACAGAUAUCAGCACAGAUGGAUGUAACAGGAAUAUCUCAGAGGAUCAUCUUAUUUUAUCUCCAGACUGUGAAAUAGAAGAUAAUGACAUCACACAAGAUUCUCCAGGAGAAAACCCUAUCACCCCAACUCUUUAUCCAGUAGAUCACAGUGUGGAUACGUCACCUGAUUCCUCUAACCAUGACCAGUGUUCUCCUGAUAAUGCUGAUAUUGGCCCAUCUAUUAUAGCUCUUACAGUAGAUAAAAUAUUUCCAGAUUCUGUAGCUUCCAAAUGUUUUACACAAACCACAGCUGUGACAGGUGAGAAGCCAUUUUCAUGCUCUGAGUGUGGGAAAUGUUUUACACGUAAAUCACAUCUUGUUAGACAUCAGAGAACUCACACAGGUGAGAAACCAUUUCCAUGUUCUGAAUGCGGAAAGUGUUUUAUACGCAUAUCACAUCUUUUUAGACACAAGCAACUUCACACAGGUGAGAGGCCAUAUCAAUGCUCUGAGUGUGGAAAAAUGUUUACAUAUAACUCACAUCUUGUUAGACAUAAGAAACAUCACACAGGUGAGAAACCAUUUGCAUGCUCUGAGUGUGGGAAAUGUUUUACAGACAAAUCACAUCUUGUUACACAUCAGAGAAGUCACACAGGUGAGAGAUCAUUGCCAUGUUCUGAGUGUGGGAAAUGUUUUACACAGAAAUCAGAUCUUUUUAGACAUCAGAGAAUUCACACAGGUGAGAAGCCAUUUCUAUGUUCUGAGUGUGGGAAAUGUUUUACACAGAAAUUAGAUCUUGUUACACAUCAGAGAAGUCAUACCGGGGAAAAACCAUUUCUGUGUACUGAGUGUGGCAAAUGUUUUACACAGCAAUCAAAUCUUGUAAGACAUAGGAGAAUUCACACAGGUGAGAAGCCAUUAACCCCAUAACUGACAAAUAUUUUUUUUCCAAAAAACAUUCAAAUUGUUGUUUUUAUGACUGAAUUAGCUUAAGAACACCUACUUACGAUAGAUCCAAUACGAUUUUAUAAAAAAAAAAAAUGGAACAUCUGUAUUAACAUCAAUGGUCGGAACAUCGCGACCAUCUCAACUUCAGUUUUUGGUGCCUACUUUCUGCAGCAUCUAGGGGUCCACAGAGAAGGCAGAGGCUCUUUUUGCACAUUUCUACUAAUGUCAUCAGCCUUGGUGGAGAGUACUACCGGGCUUACCAAUAAGCAUUGAUCGGCAGCACAGCAGGCAUUGGGGGUGAAGGGAACCAGGAAGCAGAGGGACCAAAGCUUGAUAUACCUGCCAGGAACAGCGAAAUGCGUCAGCCUUAAGAUCCUGCCAGUGUAUAGAACUGACUUGGGCCAGAUUUAUUCCACCCAACACCUGAAGGACAACUUUAAUGUCAUACACUCCAGCUCACUAUCUAUGGACCAGGAUUCCAUUAACAUCAGUUGCCGUGACCAUACGAGCGGAUACCCAUCUGGAUUCCGAAUAUUGGAACACGGAACUGCUGGAUUACUUUUUAGACAAAUUGCUUGAUUCAAGUGCAUAUUAACGGUCCAGUUGGUAAGUCAUCUCAUGGUGAUACUUUCGAGACUCUAUAUACUGGCCUGCACAACUGGACUAUUUUUAUAGAGACUGCUUCUAUAUUCAUUUAUGAAUUUUAAAAUUGUGUGUUUUUGUGAUAUUAAAUUUUGAAUUAUGUGACAAUCCAUAUAUAUGUUUAAGCGCUGUGUAUCUUUCUGUUUGUUCACACUAUUCUGACAUCCAAACGCAGCUUUCUGAGAGGCAAAGGUAUCAAAGGCAUAAUGCCUCAUAAAUGUAUUUAUGGAAGACCAUGUGGCUGCCUUACAGAGUUGCUCAGCUGAGGCACCAUGGUGGGCUGCCCAUGAAGGACUUCCUGAAUGUAUCCAAUGGGCAGAGACAAGCGGGAUACGGAGAUCAGCUUGAAAGUAUGCUUCUGAGAUAGUCAUCUGAAGCCAUCUAGCCAAUGUUUGCUUAUUGGUCAUCCCCUAAUGUGAAAUCCGUAUAGAACAAAGAGAGAGUCUGUUCUUCUGAUGGCACUGAUCCACGUUGAUCCCUUGUGCACGAACUACAUCUAAUGAUGCAUCAUCCACAGAGAUAUCCGGUGAUUGAAAGGCAGGAACUACUAUUUCUUCAAUAAGGUGGAACUUUGAGACCACCAUAGGAAGAUAUCCAGACUUGGUUCGGAGAACCGAUCUGGAUGAAAUACCAGAAAUGGGUGAUGACACGACAGUGCCCCUAAAUUGGAUACUCUUAUAGCUGAAGCAAUUGCCAGAAGAAAUAUACGUUUGUCACAACUGAGGGUCUAGGCUGACAGGAGGAAGCCUCAGUUGUAGGGGCUGAGAUAAAUUUGAACCUGGGAGGUUUAAUCAGACCCCUGGACAUGUAAGUGUUGUGUAGAAGGAUAACCCAAGGGUGUGACCAUGACAACCAAGGUUAAAAAGUCAAAUAAAAGUUUAUUAACAAAACUCCGUAUUAACACAGCAGUAAAUGAUGAGAAUAAGCAGUGAAGAAAUGGUACAGUUCCUGGAUCACUAAGAACUUGGCAGGAGCCACAGAACACUGGUAGGAUGAGGAACAGGUGUUAAAGUCCCAGUAAUGAAAUGUCCUUACCUGGCCUGUCUGUAGUAGUGAGGGUAGCCGAGGAACACGCCAGCAGGUGUAACAGGUGGAGCUGGUAACACUGUAGUUUGAGCAGACUGCUGUGGAUGCUGGAUGGAACCAGCCAGAUGGUGGAAACACGGAGUGGAUGCUGAAUGGAAUCAGCCAGGUAGUGGAAUGAUGCUAGGGAGCGUGGAUAUAGGAAGAGAUGAAAGGUGGAUACCGAUGGUUUGUGGAUACCGCUGGUAGGUAGGAAUCCGCUGGAACAACACCGGCACUUUAAGAAGACUAGACACUGCUGAAAGCUGACCGCUGGAAGCAGAUGGGUUUGUAGCUGGAAACUGGAACAAUCACGGAGGACUGCAGAGUUAGGCUGCACCGCAAGAUGGGAAGCAGGUGCGGGUCUCUUAGUGGAGGCUGGAGACAGGAGCUAGAAACCUGGAGAAACAACCACAGGAGAGAGAGACUGGAACUAGGUUUGACAACCAAAGCACUGACGAUUUCCUGGUUCAGACACAUGAUACUUAUACCUGCAGCAAGGCAGGCAUUGGCUAAACAAUUAUGCAGAUUCAACAGCGCAGCGGAUUGGUUGAGACUGAGGCAUGUGACUGAAACCAACAUGGCUGCACCCAUGUUAGCACUUGGAGGGAAAGUUAGUUUGGAAAACCAUGUGGAGAUUCAGCAGUAAUGGCGGCGCCGGCCGCGGAGGACAGGAAACACCAGACUGAACUUGUACACUGGAACAUAUGGAUGACAGCGGAGGCCGCGGCAGGCAUGACAAACCUGUAUAUGGAAACACAGGAACGGCGGUGGAGGCCGCGGAGGGUGAAAGACGCCAUUCAGAGAUCAAACAUGGCUCCGCUGUGACAGCGUCUCAGAGUGACAGGAGGGAGAUGCAGAGUGUGGACAUCAGUAACACAGAUGAGAUCCGGCCUUGGAACGCUGAGCCAUCCUCAGGAGACAUCUAAAAGGCAAGUAAUGGCAUCCAGAUACCCGGAUCGUGACAACGUUAUGGUAAGAACUUACCCUUGAUAGCAGUAUUUCUCCUAAGUCCAUAGGUUCCACAGGAUACAAUGGGAUAUGAUGAAGCAACAGCGGAUUUGCACCAAUCGGUCAAAGCUUUUCAGCCUCCCAGCAUGCAACGGGCCCAUCCAUAUAUCCCCGCUUCCUGGCUCGGGCAAAUCAGUUGUUUUACCAAAGCUCAAGGCAGGAGCAUCAUAGCCCUAAUCAGGUGAGAAGAACACACAUGCACACCCUUCCGUACAAGAAGGAAGAGGUUAGUGAGUAAAAGGAUCCUCAAAUCAGGGUGGGAUCCCUGUGGACUUAGGAGAAAUACCGUUAUCAACGAUAAGUUCAUACCAUAACGUAUAUUUCUCCGGCAGGGUCCAUUGGUUAUUCACAAGAUAACAUUAGGAUUUCCCAAAGCAAUUUAGUGGUGGGGAUGCUCCUGAUUGAACAGGAGAAUCCUUCACCCGAAUUCAGCGUCUGGAGAGGCAAAGGUAUCCAUGGCAUAAUGUCUAAUGAAUGUGUUAAUGGAAGACCAUGUGGUUGCCUUACAUAUCUGUUCUGCUGAAGCACCAUGUUGUGCUCCCCAUGAAGAACCUACCUUACGUGUAGAGUGAGCAGAGACAUUAGCCGGUACAGGGAGAUCAGCACGAGAGUAUGCUUCUGAAAUAGUCAUCCCAAGCCACCUCGCCAGUGUGUGCUUAUCAGCAGGCCAUCUUCUCUUGUGAAAUCUGUAGAGAAUGAAGAGAGAAUCUGUCUUUCUGAUGGCUCUGGUACAAGCAACGUAGAUCCUUAUGGCAUGGGCCACAUCCAGCGAUGCAUCUACCGCAGAAAGGCCCAGUUGCAGGAAAGUUGGGACUACAAUUUCUUUAUUAAGGUGGAAUUUAGAUACCACCUUAGAAAGAUACCCAGAUUUAGUUCUGAGAACCGCUCUAUCUGGAUAAAAAAAUCAGAAAUGGGGGACGACAUAACAAUGUUCCUAAAUCUGACAGUCUUCUAGCUGAUGCCAUAGUCAGUAGAAAGAGAACUUUAGCUGUCAACCGUUUAAGAUCCACUCUAUUAAGUGGUUCAAAUGGGACAACUUGAAGGGACUUUAGGACUAAACUUAAGUCCCAAGGCACUGUAGGAGGAACACAAAGAGGUUGAAUGCGCAGCAUUCCCUGUAAAAAAGUGCACACAUCCUGUAUGUUGGCAAUUUUCUUUUGGAACCAUACAGUCAAUGCUGACACUUGCACUCUCAAGGAAGCCACAUUUAAACCUUUAUCCAUUCCUGCCUGAAGGAAUGUUAAGACCCUGGCAACUCUGGAAGACCUAGGGUCAACUUUCCGUUCACUGCACCAUUGAAUAUAGGCUUGCCAUAUUUCGGUAAUAAAUGCGAGCUGAGGAAGGUUUCCUUGCUCUGAGCAUCGUUUGAAUUACCUGUUGUGAGAAUCCUCUUGACUUCAGUAUAAAGGUCUCAAGAGCCACGCCGUCAAAGACAGUCGAUAAAGAUGUCUGUGAUAACAAGGACCCUGCAUCAUUAGAUCUGGACAUUGAGGAAGUACGAAUGGAGCAUCCAUCGACAUCCCCUGCAGAUCUGUGUACCAAUGUCUUCUGGGCCAAGCCGGAGCUAUUAGUAUCACGGUGCCCCUUCCUUGCUUUAUCUUUCUCACCAUCGUGGGUAAUAAGGUGAUUGGAUGAAACACAUAGGCCAGCUGAAAGUCCCAUCUCACCAACAGGGCAUCCACAAAGUUCGCUCUGGGAUCCUUUGUUGUUGACCCGUUCGUGAGAACUUUGUUCUGACGGGAUUCCAUGAGAUCUAUCUCUGGCAUCCCCCACCUAUUGACUAAGGUCUGGAAGACCUUUGGGUGUAGAGCCCAUUUGCUUGCCUGAAUAGCAUGUCAACUGAGAAAAUCCACUUCCCAAUUUAGGACUCCCAGAAUGAACACUGCGGACAAGGCUGGAUGAUGAAGUUCUGCCCACCUUAGUGUGUGACUUACCUCCUUCAUAGAUUUUUGGCUGCGAGUUCCUCCUUGAUGGUUGAGGCACGUUACUGUUAGGAAUGUCUGUGUGUUUGUGUUGCCUUGCAUUAUCUCAUUCCUGCCUCUAGGGGUCUCGCUUGCUGCCGUAGGUCUGAAUGGCAGUUGCACACUCUGUCCCUGCAGGUUGAUUACCUGAUUGUGAGCAGCUGUGGCCAACACCUUGUGCUGCUAUUUAGCACCAGCUCGCCAGCAUUCAAGUGCAGAUCAUUGUGGUUCCAUGUGGAUUGUGACUAGGCUCUCUCCAGUUAUCCUGUCCUGCUUCUGCCAUACCUGCAUCUCAGACAUUUCCUGGAGCCUGAUUUCACCUAUGCCUUGUUAUGAAACUUCUUGCCCUGCUGGAGCAAUAUCUGCAUUCCUGAAUUAUUAUUUGCAGUCUGUUUCCACCCCGGCCUGGUUACUUUAUUUUGGUAUGUUAUUUUCCCUCUGCUUUGUUUAAACCUGGAUUUCUUCAUGUUCAUUUUCACCUCUACAAUUAAUCUGGACUGUAUCUAAAUUCAAGCAUAAUCAUACUCCCUGUUAAAUAUCAAGCCAUUACUAUCAUCUGGGAAUAUUGCAUUCUGUUCCAUGUUUAUCAAGGAUCCAUUCUCUGUAUGCUGAUAUCUUUCUGGUUCUUUCACUGCAAUAAACCUUGUUUAAUUUUCA